AACGACUCCGCGAACGCGACCGACCCAUUUUUACACAAUUUAACACGAAAAAAUGUAUAUUUUCACAGCUUUGUCCUGUGUUGACAUUUGACGAGCUGGCGGACGCGAAGUUGUACGAAAAAGUGAAUGCGCGAAAAGACUAAAGUGCACCUAACUGAAUCGUGAUUUUAAAUUUAAAUUACAUUACUUUUCAAAAUUUUACACCAUUUUUAAAUGUUUCAUAGAAUUAGAUAAACAUGUGGAUAAUUUUUCUAAAGUGUUUGAUUAAAAUAGUAUUUUUUACUGCACAACUAGUUUUUAGAGCUUUCGAUUAAUCUUGCGCAUGAUAUGUAGAGUCCAGUCUAUUUUAAAUUAAUAGGUUAUCAACUUGGUUUUGUAAUUUUUUAGUUUUGGAUUAAAUAAUGUCUGUUUAAAGUCCGUUCAUAUUGUAAAUAUAAUACAAUGAUUAUAGUGUUAUUAAAUAAUACGGUAAAGGGCAAAAAAGCUCUUUUUCUCGCACAAUGGGGCUUCGCAGCGAGUCAACAAUGUAAAGUGUCUUAUGUUCAAGGACAAGAACCUGAGCCCAAAAUAAGGGAAUAUUUUUAUUAUAUUGAUCAUCAAGGAAUGCUAUUUCUAGAUGAUUCAAAGAUGAAAAACUUUACGUCUUGCUUUAAAGAGAAGAAAUUCUUGCGUUUUUUUUUCAAUCAACUGCGAUUGAAUAAUACUGGGAGGUACAAAGAGUUUCCUUAUUUGUCGAUUUGUGGAAAAGAACGGAAUUUUAUUAGAUGUGAUGACUAUCCAAUUGUCUUCACUCAUGUGACAAAAGCGAUAAAAGACAACGUUGAGGAGACACAUUUGGCUCAUAAUCAUGCAGGAGCUUUACUCACACUUAAGUUUGAUCCAAAUAAAGUUGUGAUGAUACCAGAGACUGGGCGAGUCUACCAUCCAGCACCUGAACGUGCAGGGGGCGUUGGUCUAAUUAGAUCUAAACUGGCAAUCGAAUUUAGUAAAUAUUUCACUUUUAAUGACGGUGAAAGUAAUCCUCCAACCCAUUUCACUUUUGGGGGAGUAACAUAUGAGUUAGAUAAUAAUUGGUACAGGGAAAAAAAUAAGCAAAUGUAGUAAUCCUUUUGUUUUAUUAAAAUACUCGUGAUAAUUAAAACUUUGUAUAAAUAAUUUCAAUAAAAAUUUUGUUCUUAUUGCA